GUAUAUCCCUACGGAAAUACAGAUCCAGCAGAAGACGUGUAGGGAAUACGAACUAAAUGCUACUAAACAAUAAGCUUAAUCGGGACAAGAGAAAUUGGCCACGUGCGCAGAACCCAAAUGAACAUCUACAUGAACUACGGGGACGGAGCCGGAAGAAUAAAAUCUGGGGAAUAUGCGCGGACAAGAAGAAGAAAAAAAAAAGGAAAAGGAAAUAAGAAAUAUUUUUUGUUUUUCAACCACGCCGAACAACAGGAAAAGCCCGGACCAAAAGAUCAUGAAUGAUAUUAUCACAUCACAUCACAUCCUCUUUUUCAUUAGGGAACCCUAAACCCGAAGGACCAGAUCAAGAAGCUACCCACCACCGCACAGCGCACGCUGACGCAAUGCACAACAAGAUAUUGCCGUUCCUCCUCGUCCCAAGUGUUUCCUUUUUUUUUCUUGUCUACUUCAAGAAAGAGAAAAAAAGACGUAAGCCCGCGUUCUUGUUCUCGAAAAUCCCAGACUUAUUUUUCUCUCAUUGGCCUAAUCACAGGAAAAAUAUAGAAGACUUUAAAAGGACAUAAGGGAGAAAAAUUGGCAUCUAGAAGUCAGAGGCGCUGCUCUGGGGGAACUCGAAGACGACGUUGCGGCCGGUCAAACGGCGGUAGACCUCGCCGUAGGCAUCGAGACGGUGGUCAACACCACCACGCUCCUUCUCAUCCAGGAUGACCUUGAGGGUCUUGCUGCCGUCCUCCUUGGUGCGGAUGCGCUUGCCGACGAUCUCAACGGGGUAGACCAGGUCGCCGAGGAUGGCGUCGUGGACAGCAGUCAGAGUGCGGGAACGGGGACGCUUCUGCUUCUGGUUGGUGCGGGAGUUGACAGAGCGCUUGGGCUUGGGCAGGAUGCGGCGCUGAGCAACGAAGAGGACGUGGCGGUCGGAGAACUUCUUCUCGAGCUCACGGGUCAGGCUAUUUCGGGAAGUGUUAGUCUCGGAAGAUAUCUCAAUCUAGAAGAACCAGGUUCUGGAUGUGUGUUCGUACCGCUGCUGGAUCUUGUGGAAGCC